AUGGAAGCAAACAAAGUGCAUUAUAGGCAUUUAAUGCUUUUCUUUUACCGGAAAGGCAAAUACGCCACACAAGCGACAAACAAGAUAUGCGCUGUUUAUGGCGAAGGUGCUGUAGCUGAUAGAACUGUGCGGAAAUGGUCUGCUAGGUUUAAAGCUGGUGAUUUCAGUCUUGAAGAUCAAGAACGCCUGGGUAGACCUUCUACCAGAGAUGAAGAUCAGAUUAAAACAAUGAUCGAGAAUAACCCACAUCAUACGACGUGUAAAGUAGGAGAAAUGUUAAACAUAUCAAAAUCGACCAUCCACGAGCAUUUUGUAAAGCUUGGCUACAUAAACCGGUUUGACGUAUGGGUUCCGCACGAUUUAACGGAGAAAAACCUGAUGGAUCGCAUUUCCAUUUGCGACUCUGUCUAUAAACGAAACGAGGAGACACCGUUUUUGAAGCAACUAGUGACGGGAGAUGAAAAAUCUACCCCAAAAGCCGAUCUUCAUCCGAAGAAGGUCAUGCUCUGCGUCUGCUGGAAUUGGAAACGGAUCCUUUAUUAUGACCUUCUGGCAAACAACGAAACCAUAAAUUCUGAAAAAUAUUGCUCCCAAUUAGAGGAUUUAAGGGUAGCAAUUGAGCAAAAACGUCCAGAAAUGGCGAAUCGGAAGGGCGUCAUGUUUCACCAGGACAAUGCGCGGCCUCAUGUGUCCUUAACAACGCGACAAAAGUUGUUGGAGCUUGGUUGGGAUGUUGUACCCCAUCCGCCAUAUUCACCAGACCUCGCGCCCUCAGAUUUCCACCUAUUCCGUUAUAACAGUAAACUUGAUAUGUUUUUAUAUAAUAACGAAAGAAAGUUAAAACUGAACAAAAUGUUUGUAGAUUUAAUUGUAUUUGAUCUACAACCAUUCGUUAUUGUUGAAGAUAAAGGUUUUCGAGCUUUACUCAAGUAUCUCGACCCAAGACACGCUGUACCAUGCAGAAGGACAUUAGAAACAUUAGUGGAAGAUGCGUAA